GAGGAGGAGGAGGAGGAGGAAGAGUAGGGGGAGGGUUGAUCCUUGCUUUCCCUUCCCACCAUCCUUUGCUGCUCCAUCGGCCCUGUGGAAGCACCGAUCCGCACCACUGAACUGAAACACAAUCAUCGCUCUUUUUCUUGUUUCCACUCUAUCGCUGCACUGUCCCUCUCUCUUUUUUGUCUGUCCACCUAUCUGUCCGGCUAAUGGGGCCAGUGGAAACCAGACAGUAGAGACCAAUAGAAAGUGCUCAGCAAGAGUUACCAAAUAACAUCAGGAAAAUGAACUGUGACAGCAUCAGUUAGUGUGGCUGGAUUUGGUGCAGUUUAUGGAUUUAAAAAAGUCAAAGAAAAAGUACGUUAAUAUUAGUCGUGUUAAUUUCGUGCUGGACUCAGUGAGCUAGUCUGAGGGCUAGUAGCAGAUUCUGCCAGGUUGGGUGUCGUAGUUGACUCCUGGUCCAGCAGCACUCCAGCCCAGAGUUCAGCCUCCACCUGCAGGGCAGCCAUGCGCCGGGCCAGAGGCUUUACCUGUUUCUAGGCUCCCUCCUCUCCCUCCACCUUGCGUCUUCAUGUUUUGGGGGUCCCACGGAGCCCCCGCCCUCUGUCGACCCCCCCGCACCCGCUGCCACCACGGCCGCCCCCCCCAGCCGCCUCGUUGCCAUGCCGACAGAGACACUGGCUCCAGCCCUGCCAGAUAGCAAGGCCCCGGGUCCCGCUGCGCCCUUCAGCUCCACCGUACCCCUCCGCAUCCUCAACAAGGGCCCGGACUAUUUCAGGAGACAGGUUGAGCCUAACCCAAAGCGCCUAAGUGCAGUUGAGAGACUCGAGGCCGACAAGGCCAAGUACGUCAAGAGCCAGGAAGUCAUCAAUGCCAAGCAGGAACCAAUCAAACCACCGGUCUUGGCCAAGCCCCCCGUUUGUCCUGCCCUCCUCUCCAAGAGGGGCUCUGGGCUUGGUGGCGGAGGAGGAAAUGGAGGCGGGACAUCAUUCAAAGCAUCCAAUAACAAUGCCAAGUCAGACACAUGUGCAACUACAAGCAGCGGUAGCAGCAAACGGGAGAAUUUAAACCUGGAGAUCCUUAAAAAUCUCCUAAACUCAUCCUCCUCGUCAGGGGCAGGAUCUGAAGGACUGGCAGGCGGAGCCAAGAGUGCUGUGUUGAUGAGGUCAUCAGGGGGAGGGGCAAGGAGUUGGACACCAUCAAGGAUGCCAUUAACCUACCGAUCCACAAUGACGCUUAAUGAGCAGCCGGCAGACUCUGCCCCCAGUCCAAGCACCUCCCAUUCCCUCCGAUCCUUCUCCCAUUCACUGAAGGUCCCACCAGUCAACAGCGGGGGGCGUCACAGCCCGCAACAAGGAGGAAACCUUAAUCUCAGCAGACGAGUCCUAGAUGAGAGAGGAGGUGAAGGAGGAGGAGGGGGUCUUGAGCGUUCUCACUCUCCACUGCCUCCCCUGCUCACCUCCCACUCCUCUUCUGAUCUCCUGCGACUGUGCAACGGCAAGCCACUACGCACUGCCCGAUCCAGCAGUUCUUCGGCCCCACCCCUGCCCCCUAAACCCAACCCUGCUUCCCUUCCUCCACCCCCUCUCUCCCUGUCAUUGCCUCCUCCUUGCGCAGCUCCGUCCCCCUCUCUCUGCGACAAUACCACCCCUAAGUCGCUGCCUUGCGAUCGUGGAGACCCCGCCAACUCUUCCAAUGACCCAAACCUGGAGCUUGAACUUGGUUCCUCUGUGGCCCGUCGCCCCUCUUUACAUCGAUCCAAAUCGGACCUGUCAGAUCGGUAUGCCCGGGCUGGAGCCGAUGUAGAGCGUUUCUUUAACUACUGUGGUCUUGACCCCGAAGAACUGGAGGCCGUUGGGCCGGAGAACUUCGCCCGGGCAAAUUCGGACAUAGUCAGCUUGAACUUCCGAUCAGCAUCUAUGAUCUCCUCCGACUGCGACAGGUCGCGGCGCUCCUCCAAUGAGGGGCUGUCAGACGGGGAGGAGGGCGAGGACGAGGAGGAGGAAGCUGGGGAGCGUGUUCCAUAUGGCAUCUCAGCGGUUGAGCGCAAUGCAAGAGUCAUCAAGUGGCUGUACAGCAUCAAACAGGCGAGGGAGACACAGAAAGUCUCACAUGUUUAGGAAGACUGAAAAUUGUGUGGACAAAAAUAAAGGACAUUCCUACGUUUCAGAAUGGUUGGACCAAUCUCACAGGUUUAGCAAGAUGGGUCUGGAAGCUGAACUGAAAACUGCAAAUAGAUUACAAAUAGAUGGAUGUGAGCAGAAUGAUGGAAGAGAGUCUCACAGGUCUAAAAGAAACUGGAUGAUUAAACACACCAAAAAUGUUUAGAAAUGGAUGAACAAAUGAGGAGAUGGACUGAAAAUCUCUGUUUUAUGUUUAGAACAAAUUUAAUACAGAGACUUAAAGAAUACAAGCUAAAAAUAUGGACAGUCAGACGAACAAAACGUCUACCAUUUUUCAGCCUGAACGGACAGAAAAGUAGAGGGGAUUGGUACGAAAACUAGCUAGCUUAUUACCUGUUUCUCUAUGGACACUUUAAAACUUACUGAGAAAGGCAGCCUACCCUGAACAACUGGAAUCAGAACGAGAGGCACUAUGACUGUCCCAAGUAUCCAUAAAGGGACCAUUUCAUCGUGAGGGGGGUAUUUCUCAAUGUCGAUGUCUCUCUUUAAAUAGGCUUCAAAAUACAGUCCCAACAUCUUUGCGAAACAGAUACUGAACUCUGUCCAAAAAAAAAAAAAAAAAAAAAAAAAAAUAGCAAUCAGUUUGGAAAAUCAGCAAUGCUGGUACACUGAGUGACCUUACUGAAAUCAGCUAAAUGAACUUACAGAAGUUUCUUGAUGUUUAUUGUAGGGGACUGUAAAGGAUAUAAUGGAGCAAAUCAG